GCUAUCGCUGGUAGUCAAAGUUGACGUUUUCGUAAAUAUGGGACGAGUGAGGAUGUGUCGGAAGUUUGUUGAAACAAUGAAAAUAUUAUUUUUAAAAUAGUAAUAAACGAUAAAAAGCAUUUAGCAACAUAUCAUUCAGUAUUUUUGUAUUUGUUAGAAAUAUUUUGUGAUUGUUUGGUUAAAGUGUUUAGUAAUCAUGUCGUCGGGAUUAGGCGUAUGGUGUAUGGGGCUUGUCUGUGUCGGGGUGAUGUGGCUCACCUCCCAUGUUUACCACCUGCUCAUUGAUGUCUACGAGCAGUCCGCCGCACUCAGCGACAUUGAGUAUUCGUGGUUCUUCAAACUGCUGCUGAACCUGGUGGGCUACUCCACCGUGCUACUGCCCAUGUUCAUUAUGUAUAAAUAUUUGGAAAAAAUCAACUACUUUGAUAAGAUAAGCAACUCGGGGUGGACGUGGCGCGUCUUGUUCUCGUGUUUCGGUGAGCCGGGCGAGCGGCUGCCUGAAACUGCGAAGGUGCGCAAGGACGAGAGUCCGACGCGAGAGGGCGCGCAGCUCGCGUUCUGCUUCAUUGGCCUCAUGUCCUCAUACCUCGUCUGGGGACUUCUGCAGGAGAAGAUCAUGACACAGGUAUACGUGAUGCCAGACGGCAGUACGACUCGGUUCACCGACUCUCAGUUCCUCGUGUUCGUGAACCGCCUGGCGGCGCUAGUGGCGGCGGGCGCGCGCCUGGCGUGUACCCGCGCGGCGCUGGCCCCGGUGCCGCUGUACAAGUUCUCGUACUGCUCGCUCACCAACGUCAUCAGCGCGUGGUGCCAGUACGAGGCACUCAAGUACGUCAGCUUCCCCACACAGGUGCUAUCGAAGUCCUGCAAGGUGAUCCCGGUGAUGUUGAUGGGCAAGUUAUUGUCACGCAACAAGUACGAGGUGUACGAGUAUGUGACUGCGGUGCUUAUAUCCAUAGGCAUGAUCAUGUUCAUGUUCGGCAGCCAUGACGAGAAUAUGGCGUCGGGCGCGAUGUCGUGGGGCGGCGCGGCGCUGCUGGGCGCGUACAUGGCGUGCGACAGCUUCACGUCGUCGUGGCAGGGCGCCGUGUUCGCGCGCUACGAGUGCGGCGCGCUGCACAUGCUGUGCGCCGUCAACGCGUUCUCGUGCGCGCUCACGGCCGCCGCGCAUGCGCACCGCGCGCCGCCGCGGGCGCUGCUGCAGCACCCCGUGUUCGUGGCCGACUGCGUCGUGCUGUCGCUGAGCUCCGCCGUCGGCCAGCUCCUCAUAUACCACACUAUAGCACGCUUCGGGGCGGUCGUCUUCACUAUUAUCAUGACGCUGAGACAGGCGGUGUCGAUCCUGUUGUCGUGCGCGGUGUACGGGCACCGCGUGUCGGGCGCGGGCGCGCUGGGCGUGGCGCUGGUGCUGGGCGCCGUGCUGCUGCGCCUGUACGCGCGCGCGCGCAUGCGCACUCGCCGCCGCGCCGCGCAGCUCUAGCCGCACUACGCCUCACACAACUACACCAUAACACUUCACGCAAACGCUCGCUAGGUGGCGCUAGUGGUCCAAGGUACAGUUUGACCGAUCACUAUAGACAAAAUGGACAUCUCAUAAUUAAAUACAUAUUAUAUUGAAAAGACACCUUAGUUCCCACUAGAGCCUCUGGUGGCAAACCCACGACCGCUCGCAUUAUAAGAAUAUUCCUAUAUGACCAGUGCUCGAAUACUUAUCUCAUAACUAGAUAAUUGACAUAAAUAUCCUAUCCAUGGACUGAAUUCCAAAGACUUCCUAAUAUUCUUUUUCUAGGAGUCUCCGAAGGAGGAUCUCCAAAAAUCGUGUUUUUAUUUUUGCUUUUACUUUAGAACAUUUUAUUUAAUUUACAACUUGCUUAAAUGUAUUCUUAUUAAAGUGAGAGUUUACCAAAGUGACUCACUUUGGCUUUAUGGAGAGAUGCAACUUCCCUAUUGAUGAAUUAUAACCAUAUUUGGAAUUAUUCAUUAAAACAUUUAUUUGAGUUUACUCUAUUGAUUAAGCUUUUAACUACGAAGUGGAAAAUCUUUAUCUUAUUGAUUUCGUGGAGACGACGAAAAGUAAUAUCAGACAUAAUAUUUAUUAAAUAAUUUAUUGUAAACAUUUAAACCAUAUUAUACAGUUAUCGUUUCAAUUUUGUCUACAUUACUGUUUAGUGCGUAAGCUGGAAUUAAUGUAACCUCGACCAAACUGCCGACAGAUGGCAGUAGUGGACUGUGCAUAAUAAAUGAUUACGUACACA